GCACGAGCAGAUUAAUGAAGAGACACAGGUCUGCGGCUCUCCGUGUGAACGAGGUUACUCGUGGACGCACCGACGCAGUGGAACUGCUGGGACACAAUCGCACCGACAAGUUGAUGGACAUCAACAGCAUAGCCUUUAUCUAAGCGCUCCGUGCAUUUACACAAACUCGGGGCUUUUUGCCUUUCCACUUCUUCUCUCUCUUGCUUUGUUACUUGCCCCGCGUCCGAGGGUGUAUUGCCCACAGAGACACACCGUGCCCCCUCUCCCCGUGCCAGUCUCCUGCCAUGGCUGAGGUUGGUGGCUUCCUGGCAUCUCUGGAUUUCGACGUACACGGAUUCCCCUCCUCUCUUGGGAAUUUGCCUUUAGCGGAUUCUCCUGGCUUCCUGAACGAGAGGCUGGGGCAGAUUGAAGGCAGGCUGCAGAGGGGAUCCCCCACUGAUUUUGCCCACCUGAAGGGGAUCCUGCGGAGGAGGCAACUUUACUGCCGGACGGGAUUCCAUCUGGAAAUCUUCCCCAAUGGAACUGUACAUGGAACACGGCAGGACCACAGCAGGUUUGGAAUCCUGGAGUUCAUUAGCUUGGCAGUUGGGCUUGUUAGCAUCCGUGGAGUGGAUUCUGGACUGUACCUGGCCAUGAAUGAGGGAGGAGAACUGUAUGGGUCGAAGAAACUGAACAGAGAAUGUGUUUUCCGCGAGCAAUUUGAAGAGAAUUGGUACAACACCUAUGCAUCGACUUUGUAUAAACAUUCGGACUCAGAGAAGCAAUUCUAUGUGGCUCUAAACAAAGACGGUUCUCCAAGAUACGGGCCCAAGACUAAGAGACACCAAAAGUUCACACACUUCUUACCAAGGCCUGUGGAUGACAGCAAAAUACCAGUCAUGUACAGAGACCUGUUCCACUAUAGGUGAUAUUCUGCUGGCUACUGACACUAUUUGUACAUACCUGGGACUCAUAUAGUGGAUGGAGUGCUGCCUUUAGAAAUGCUGCGAGAGAGAGCAUGUUUAAGAGGUCGGCGCUCUAGGAGAAAGGGAGCGGGCCUUUUGAAUAUAGACCACUUUUUCUUUUUUUUUUAACUAAGAAGAUGCUUUAAUUUGUAAAUAAUAAGACAAUAGGUACUUUGUACUAUUCUCUACCAACAAACUUUUACCACUGGUUACCAGAUUCUGGGACCAUAUAUAAAUAGCCAUUUCUGGUGAGCUGCAUUAACACCUUCAGUACAGUAGGGGCAAGCGAUGCACUAUCCAGUAAUCCCCAGUUGCUGAAGGAUCCAGAUAAUAAGAGUAAUGGUACUGUGCUUGAAUGUAGAAAAGCAUUAUCAUUAUAAGGGUAACUCAUUUUUGUUCAUGCGUUACAAAAUCUAAAGGGGGGGAUUCUUUUUGGAAUUCCUGACACAGUGGAAUAAGAAUGCUUGGGUAUAACAAGGAGCAGGACUGGUGCUGUGGUGUAUAGUCCAUUAACACUAACCCAGACAAAUACCCCCAAAAAUAUAGGAUUAACUCAACCUAGCUACUACCCAUCUCUGCAAAUUAAUACUUAACGACUGUGAAAAAUCACUGAAUUCAUUCAUAAGCAAUAGAUGAACUUGACUAGAAGCUGUUGGGAACUGUUAAUCUGAGUUUUUCUAUUUUUCCAAAUUCCUCUUUCCUGGAGACACAUUUUGAAAAUAUCUAUCCCCAAAAUAUAUAAUACAGAUUUAAAUCCAGUAGCAGCUUCCCUCACGGCCUCAGAGAUAAAUGCAAUGCAUAUAGCACAGGUUUGAAUCCAACCAUAGGUAUUUUGUGUUCUGGAAUUCAAGGUUGAAUUCACAGCAUCGCCUACAUAUUUCCUAUUCUGCCCAUAUAAUUCUGGAUUUUCUAAGAGCUGUAAAGAAAGGGAAUUAUAAUAUUUACUUGUGUUCUAGGCCUGCUUUGUUGUACCACAAUAAGGCUUUAUGAAAGAACACU